AUGUACCUCGUCACAUUCUCACAUUGGUUGGUCGCAGCCCUCUUUGCUCAGUGGGCUUGGGCAUGCUCCCCGAGAUCAGACAUCAAUGACCAAAACAACCCUUUUGUCAUUGGUGACGACGGCCCAGCACCUGCGGCCACCCUGGGCUUUGCGAUCAACCACUUUGGUCUACUCACGACCAACCUCACCGGGAUGAAGCAUUUCUAUGGGGACAUUCUGGGUAUGCGGCUUCUUUUUGACGCACAUCUUACCCCCGAGUAUACCGUGACCUACAUGGGCUAUUCGCAGGGGGGACGAAAUGGCACCGGCUUCCAAAGUGGGGCUGAAAUGACCCGCGAUAAGAACAACCUAUACGGUCUCCUUGAGCUUGUCCAAUUCAACGUGUCGGACGAUCGCCUCGUGGGGUCUACCAAGCGCACCAAUACUUUCGGCCAUGUUGGCCUGAUUGUGGCUGAUGUCGAGAAGGCGCAGACUUAUCUGGAGAGUAGAGGAGUGGAAAUACUCAAGAGGAUUAAAGAACCCCUUUCCGGCUUUACGGGAUCGAUCCAGAAUGCUUUCGGGGUUGGUGAAUUUGCGGGUGAGCAUAUCGCAGCAAAGAUGGCCCUGCUGAAGGCCCAAAGCCUCAUUGGAAUGGAGAUGUUUUUGAUGGUGCAGGAUCCCGACGGAAACCUAGUGGAGAUUCAGCAGCAAGACGCCCCGAGCAGUUCGUGA